AUGAUACUAAGAGCAAGCGGAUCAAUAUUCGGAACAACAGUGCUUUUCCCAACUCCAAUUUCAAGCCGCAACAACAACAGAAUCGAUUAUUAUCAUAAUUUCCUUAACAACCGAAGAAGAAGCAAAUCAACAACGGUAGUUUGCGGUCUCCGUUCAUACCAAAACAGAAAGCCAGCGUCAAUGGUAAUUUCAAAAGAAAGCGUUAACGUAAUUCACGCUCUCAAACUCGCCAAAAAUUCCGACGAUAAAAUCAACCAAGUUCUCAAGUCAAAACUCCUCCGACUCUUGAAGGCUGAUGUGUUUGACGUUUUGGCUGAAUUGCAAAGACAAAACCAACUCCAUUUAUCUCUCAAGGUUUUCGAGUUUAUUAUUGGUGAUGAGGAAGCUGGAUAUGAUACAUUGCCGUUGUAUUCUGACAUGAUACUGUUAUUGGGAAAGAAUAAGAUGGUUGAGAUGGCAGAAGAGAUGUUUGAUCGGGUGGUGGAGAAGGGGGUGGAGAAGGGGUUGAAGCCGGAUACGAGGUUGUUUAAUGAGAUGAUUGGGGUUUAUUUGCAAGUUGGUAAUACAGAGAAGGCGAUGGAGGUUUAUGGAUACAUGAAGGGUUUGGGUUCGGGUUCGGGGUGUUUGCCGGAUGAAUUGACGUUUACGAUAUUGAUUAGGAGUUUAAUGAAGAAGGGGGAAAAUGAGCUUGUUGAAAGUUUGAAAAAAGAGAGUUUUGACUAUGUUAAUGCACCUGAUAAAUUUGUUCAGAAAGUCCAGAAUCAUGCAAAAAAGAGACGUGUCAAUCUGGUUGCGUAA